AUGGCGCCAGGACUAACCUCCGCAACUCCCCCACCUCUCUCCUCCGGCCGUGAGCUGGAAGAUAUCUCGGACCAAAUCGACGCCAUCAAUGUCCUCCUCUCAUCCCCCACCCCCACCGCUACCACUGCCACCACGGAAGACUCCAAUCCGAAAUCUAACUUCCGCCAAUACGUCAGCGCCUCUCCACAAGUCAAGGCCCUCUACAGAGAACAGCACGAGAAGCAGACCGUCGAGUACAACCUCGCGGCCCGCAAAGCUUUCCACUCGAACGUGCGCGCAAGAAUGGGAAUCUGGGAGGCAAUGGAGAAGCUGAAUACAUUGAUAGACGAGAGCGAUCCUGACACCUCUCUCAGCCAGAUACAGCACCUCCUGCAGACGGCCGAGGCUAUGAGACGGGAUGGAAAGCCCAAGUGGAUGCAGGUGACCGGCCUAAUCCACGACCUAGGGAAACUCCUGUUCUUUUUCGGAGCGCAAGGUCAAUGGGACGUCGUCGGCGACACCUUCCCCGGUGGGCCCUGCUCUCCACUCCGUAAGAAACCAAAAAAGUAGCUAAUAUAAUUGAUCAACAGUCGGUUGCGCCUUCGACCCACGCAUAAUCCUCUCGGAAUCCUUCUCCCAAAACCCGGACUCCAAGCACCCCAUCUACAGCACGGAAAUGGGUAUCUACGCUCCGCACUGUGGCCUCGACAACUUGCUUUUGUCCUGGGGCCAUGACGAGUACCUCUACCACGUCGUCAAGGACCAGUCCUCGCUCCCGGACGAGGCACUGGCAAUGAUCAGGUAUCACUCGUUUUACCCGUGGCAUAGAGAGGGCGCAUACAGGCGCUUCAUGAACCAGAAGGACUGGCAGAUGUUGGAGGCCGUCAAGGAGUUCAAUCCUUAUGAUCUUUACUCGAAGAGCGAUGCACCGCCAGUUGUGGGGGAGUUGAAGGUUUGUAGGUCGUGUCAUUCAUGACGGAUCACUCGCUAACCGGGGGCGGUGGUUGCGCACAGUCGUAUUACAUUGAGUUAAUUGACGAAUUCUUUCCAAAGAAGGUCCUCGAUUGGUAG